AUGACCAAGGCUGCGGAGAUUCAACAAUACCUCACAUUCGAAACCUACCAUGAUUUGGAAACCCUGGAUGCACCCAUCUCUGAGGAGGAACUAGCCUAUGCAAUCAAAACAUCACAGAAUGGUAAAUUGCCGGGACUGGACGGCCUGCCCCUGUCAUAUUACAAGACAUUCUGUGUGGAGCUACUUCCAAAGCUGUUGAAAGCACUGAAUUCCAUCCUGGAAGAUGCCAAAUCCUCCCGGCAAUUCACAUCAGACAAUAUCACACUCCUGCCCAAACGGCAAAAAAAACCACCCUUUGCCAGUGCUACCGAACCAACCUCAGGUGCUAAACACCUGAGGCUAGGACCUCAAGCUUCCUUCCAAGGUUCUACCUGGUCACCUCUCCCCCCUACUUGGUUAUUCUAA